AAAACAACCUAACAGCUUUUUUUUUUUUUUUUUGCAGAUUAUCCUGUUCUGUACGCACCUAUGGAUGAGUGAGCGACCUGUUGUUAAGGAUGCUGACUGUAAAUUUUAGGCAGCAGUACAAUGGAUGAGUCAACAGAGGUACGAACAGAUUGCAAUUCUCUGCUGAAGGCCGUCUAUCUGAGUCGCCUGCGUCUGACUCGGCUGCUUCUGGAGGGAGGGGCUUACGUCAACGAGAGCAAUGAAAAUGGUGAGACACCACUCAUGGUGGCUUGCAAGACACGUCACUCCGAUACGCAGAGUGUGCCCAGACACAAAAUGGUCCAAUACCUCCUGGAAAAUGGUGCCGAUCCAAACAUUCAAGACAAGAGUGGGAAAACUGCUUUGAUCCAUGCGUGCCUUGCACAGGAUGGAACUGAAGUCCUGUCCCUCCUGCUUAGCAGCGGUGCCGAUCCAACUCUGGAGGACCACUCUGGUUUGUCCGCGCUCGUUUAUGCCGUUAAUUCGGGUAACAGGGGUGUGCUCAAGAUCCUCCUGGAUGCUUGUAAAGCUAAAGGAAAGGAGGUCAUCAUCAUCACCACCAGCAAGCUACCAUCAGGCCAUCAGAAAACAAAGCAGUACCUCAAUAUCCCUCCACCCUCUGACCUGGAGGAGCAACCGCAUUGCGCACCAACCUGCCCGUCUCCGUUUGACAUCCGACGACGAGGUCCUCAUCCUAGUCCAUUCAUUGUUCCCAAUGUGGACAAGCGUCUUCAUCUCCAGAGAUUACACUCACAGCAAUGGGUGAAAAAUCCGCCCCUGCUUCUUCCGAAGGACCAGACCUCGUUGCUGGCAGAGGAGCAAGUACUAUUGCCACCGGAGGAGGUCUCAUCUUUAAGAGGCCUCAAUUUCCAUCAUCAGCCUCCGGCCGUUUCGCGCCACCAUAGCAUGGACAUGAAAGAUGGACUCCUGAAAGCACUGGACAACAUGUCGGGGAAUGACAACAAAGGGCGAGGUGUCAGAGGCUUUGCUCGAAAGAUGUCCUAUGACAGUGCUGCAAGCGCAAAGCAUUCCACUUCGCACCCUAACUUGCAUCAAGAAAACAAUCUCCCGUUUCCCCAUGAAUCCAAUCCUGCCGAUGAAGAUACAGCCGAUGGUCUCCGCCAGUUCAAUAUUUCCAGUCUGCAAAACGUUAUUCAUCGUCGUAACAUUGGCGUGGACCAUUACAGUUCAGAUUCUCAGUUGCCGCAGUUUAGCAACAAAGACAAAAGCUCAAACUACCUGACAAAGGGACCGGACAGGCCCAAGCUGACAAACAGCAGGUCCUCCACUCUUUCAGGAUCCAGAGAGUCUCUGGAUAGUUCUGUCCCAAAACGAAUCGCCGCUGGCCUCGAACGAAGAGACUCGGGGGCCCUUCUGCAGGAUCACAUCUCCUCCACUCGGCCAGGCUAUCUCCCCCCUCUGAACAUGCAUGCUCCCAUUCCAGAUAUCGGUGGCAACUCUGUCACUGUGUGCCCACUGACUACAACUAGCAAAACAUUCAAUACUCUUUCCAAAGGAUCGAAGCCUGUUAUGGCCUGUGCACCUAUUUUCUCACAGGUCAUGAAAGCCAGUCCAAUGCUUUGGAGGCGCCACUCCAUGCAGAGUGAGCAGAUUAAGCAGCUGUCCAACUCUGAAGAAAAACUGGACCACUAAGCCGUUUUUAGUUUGGUUGUGCAAUUGCUCUGAUUUGUCUUUCACUUUUCUCUCAGCUUCGGUAUUCCUUGUUUUUCACCCAUCCGCAGCCCUCUGGCUUGCAUUUUGGCGAUACCUUGUUUGCACGGACCAAACCCCACCUCAAACUGACCUUAUGUUCAAAGCGAGUCAUAGUUUCAAUAAAUCAAUGCAAUUGCACACACCUGGGCAACAAAGGGCACCUCUGACCUGUCAGUCAAAUGCCACAUUGAUUUUGAUGACAUAAAUAUGGGUGGGCUCAAAACAAAGAGUGCCAUCAUCUUGUGUCAUUGUCCAGAUGUAAAUAUACAGAAAUAGUCUCCAGACUUGAAGCGGAUAGAGUGUGCUUUUGUUACACACCAGAAGGGGAGAUGGAAAGAAAAACUAGAAAGAGGCUGUGUGAUUGCAUGGAAAAGAAGCACAAAAGAAUGCAAAACUUUUGUUGAUGGCAAUGGGUCACAGGUUUGAUGCAGUUACUGCAAGCUCAAAGUAUAAGCAACUAAGGACUGCAAAGCCGACUUUUGUCUGUUUCAAUAACUUUGCUCAGCUAAAAAAAAAAAAACAGCAACAAAAAAAAAAACUAACCUCUUAACCCUUUCAUGCACCCUGUAACCUGAUAACAUGAUAUGCUGUCCACUGUAUUAACUGCUGUCUUAAAUGAAUGCUUUUGUGUAGGCGCAAUGUUUAAUACUGAUCUUGUAUUGGUAAGAUCAUAUAAUACAAAUGGUUAGAAAGUUGUGGCUGGUCAGUGUGUAGUUUUUUUUUUUUUUGCUAUUAAG